AUCUGCUGGCGUCGGACAUUUGUGGUGCAAUGCAUGUUGAAGGGGCUGUGUUAUGUAGGUAGGUAGGUAACUGUUAGCUGGGCCUACAUUCUCCUUGUUUGUUUCUCUGCGAAAGGUAGCGAUGAAUCUGAGGUACCGGUAGGCUUACUAUGUAAGGUGUAAUAACUAAGGUCACACUGAGAUGAUGAUAAUGAUCCAGACAGCAAACAAGCCUGAGACAGACUCUUGGUGAUGGGUUCGUGUUGAAAGCAACGCAAAUCAGAACUGGUAUGACGGCGGCCUGAAUAUUACGAGAUUACCGCGAGUUUUGGGGGCCGAUUGAUUCACACCAACCAUAUUCAAAUCUGUAGGUAAGGGAUGCGGCACACGUAUUAAGUAGCAUCCUAACAAGGACCUGACAUAAGUAAGCUACAUUCUUCCCCUUCGUCGCCGUUGACGACGCUAGUGAACGCCCACCUGCUUCCAAGCUUCAAAAUGCCGUCUACUUUGGCUCUGACAGCGACAGCGAUCGCCGUCAUCUAUUCUUUCUUCCGGGCUCUUGUGUUCCUCAGGCAUGAUGCACGAGAACCCAAGGCCGUUAUUGGCGCCAUCCCCUAUCUCAGUCCCCUCUUCGGUAUGGUAGUCGGACAAGAUAAGUUCUAUCAGCGCUUAAGAGACGAAACCCGUCUGCCCAUUUACACGCUGAACAUACCGUGGGUACCGGUCUACAUCGUCAAUUCUUUGGAGAUACUGCAGCGCGUUGACCGUCACAUCGACACGCUCCCUUUCGCUCCUAUGAAAGCCCAGACGUGUAAGAAGGUCUGCAGCGUGAGCCAAGCUGGCAUAAGCAAGAUUUACGGCGAUAACCUCUUGGCCCAAGAUGGUUACCUGUACAGCCACCAGCGAGCCUCCGCACAUGCUGGAGCACCCGGUGACAGCUUGAAUUCUCUUUCACGCUCAGCAAGCAGGGUAUUUGCUGCCUCUUUUGAUCGAAUUGAAUCACAAGGCCGCACGACUGUUGAUCUUUACGAUUUCGUUCGUCAAGCAACGUUCGAUGCUACAACCGACGCCAUGUACGGCCCCCAUAAUCCAUUCCGUACCUCCGAAAACCUCAAGGAUUGGUCUAUUUUUGAAUCUGGACUACCUCUCAUGUUCAUCGGCCUUUUCCCGAACAUCCUCGCGAGACGCGCCUGCCAGGCAAGAGACCGCUUGGUUUCAGCCUUUAUUGAUUAUUUCGGCAAAAAUAAGCACCUCGACGGCGGCUCUCUUUUUGUUCAACUCACGCAAAAAGUGAAUGACAGCACUAGUCUGAGCUUGGAGGACAAGGCUCGGGUCGAAGUUGGCCAAGUGGCUGCGGCGACUUUCAACACCGCUCCGGGCGCCUAUUGGUGCGUCUGGCAAGUUCUAUCUGAUCCCGUCGUGUUCAAAGAUUGCAGAGAAGAGGUCAUGCGACUCGUAAACGAAGUUGACGGAUUUCAUACUAUCGACCUCGCGCGCAUGAGGACAGAGUGCCCCUUGCUGGUGUCCACCCUUCAAGAGGUGAUGAGGUUCUAUGGCACGGCCACCUCGCUGCGUCUUAUAUACGAGGAUACAAUGCUAGGCGAUCAGUAUUUCCUGAAGAAGGGCGGUGCCGUAUUGAUGCCCAACAGUAUGUUCCAUACCGAUGAAACACUCUGGGGACCAACGGUGCGCGAGUUCGACCAUACGCGGUUCUUGAGAGCGGGCCAGCGCAAGUCCAACUUUAAACAUCCAGCUGCCGCUUUCCGUGGUUUUGGUGGCGGUCAUGUCCUAUGCCCAGGUCGCCAUCUGGCCAGCACAGAAAUGCUAGCGCUGAUGGCCCUGGUACUUGUGCGCGUCGAUGUUGUUCCCCCUGGUGGUAAAUGGCCGGCUACAAGGACGGGCCAGUCGGCUGGUAGAGCAUUGCCUCUGCCGAAAGAACGUGUGCUCGUUGAUUUCGUCCCCAGAGCUGCUGGUAAGUGGCGGGUGAUAUUCUCUGACGAGAACAACAGUGGUGUAAAUCUCGUAGCGGAAGAUAUCGAUAGCACGAAGGGCUAAGGGAGAUAGUCAGUGUUUGAUGAGUUUAAUUGUAAUAUAUUGACACAUGAGUUACUACCUUACUCUCCCGAAUGGCUGACCCCCUGUGUCCCCACCCGCGGUGAUCA